AGUAUCUAAAAUAUUAUGAUUAUUAUCCAAUUAUAAUAUAAUAAUUAUAUACGUAAUAAAAACGACCAAUAAAAAAUUAAAUACAAAACUUAAGCAAAGGAAAAAAGAAAAUACAGUUGGAAGCGUAUGGAGUAGAGAGAGAGAGGGUUUUAUGGUUUGACGGCUUGGCGCCUUGGGUCCGUAUGUGAUUAUGGCUACCGUUAUCCAGCCCACCACCAUUACUGCAGCUUCUCCUCCGCUCUCUCACUUCGCUUCCAAACCCACUUCUCCACUGCCUUCGUCUUCUUCGCAGCUCUCUCUGCAAACCUCUUCUCUUUUUCUAUCCAGCUCUAAAUCCAAAUCUCUUCAUCACCACCACCACCACCACAACUAUGUCUUCUUCGCUGCCUCUGCCACUCAGUCCCUCUUGCCCCCGAAACCUCAACCCCUUUUCACUUCGGGCUCUUUUGAUGACCCUUCUUCUCCGGAAAGCCGUUCUGGCUGUGACAUUCAUGGUUUGUUGGAUUUGCUUCGCCUCUCGGCUCGUUGUGGUGACGUUGAGCUCGCCAAGGCAGUGCACGCUUUCAUUCUCAAAGUCGAAGAAGAAGAUAUCUUCCUGAGUAAUGCUCUAAUUGCGGCUUAUGUCAAGCUCGGCCUUGUUGUUGAGGCUUACAGGGCGUUCAGGAGCAUUUCUUCCCCCAAUGUGGUGUCUUACACGGGGUUGAUAUCGGGAUUCUCGAAGUCGAAUCGGGAAGAUGAAGCGAUAAAGCUGUUCUUUCGGAUGAGGAGUUCGGGUAUCGAGCCUAAUGAGUAUAGCUUUGUUGCAAUUUUGACUGCUUGCAUACGGAUUUUGGAGUUGGAAUUGGGAUUUCAAGUUCAUGCCUUGGCCGUCAAAAUGGGAUACUUGGAUUCUGCUUUCGUUUCGAAUGCGCUUAUGGGUUUGUAUGGUAAGUGUCGGUGUAUGGACUUAGUGCUUAAGUUGUUCGAUGAAUUGCCCCAUAGAGACCUCGCGUCCUGGAAUACUGCUAUAUUCAGUUUGGUGAACGAGUUCGUGUAUGGUAAAGCAUUUGAAUUUUUCCGCGAAAUGCGGCGAAAUGAUGGGCUUGGAGUUGACCACAUCACAGUCUCUACCCUUCUAACUGCUUGUACAGAUAGUAAUGCUUUGGUAGAAGGCCAAGAAAUCCAUGCCCACGCCAUCAAGUUUGGUUUGGAGACCAAUUUAAGCGUUAGCAAUGCACUUAUUGGGUUUUAUACCAAGUGUGGGAGUGUAAAAGACGUGAUGGCUUUGUUUGAAAGGAUGCUUGUUACAGAUACAAUUACAUGGACAGAAAUGAUUACAGCAUACAUGAAAUUUGGGUUGAUGGAUUUGGCUUUAGAGGCAUUUGAGAAGAUGCCGGAGAGAAAUUCUAUUUCUUAUAAUGCCCUUUUGACAGGGUUUUGUAAAAAUGAGUUAGGCUGGAAAGCGCUAAAUUUAUUCACAAAUAUGGUUGAGGAAUGCAUAGAAUUAACAGAUUUCACGUUGACUAGUGUUGUUAAUGCAUGCGGACUGAUUACAGAUCGUAAAGUUAGUGAGCAGAUUCAUGGGUUCAUUGUCAAAUGUGGUAUUGGGUCAAAUACAUGUAUUGAAGCAGCAUUGCUUGAUAUGUGCACAAGGUGUGGUAGAAUGGCAGAUGCCAAAAAGAUGUUCAAGCGGUGGCCAGUUCACCUAGACAGCUCAGUAGUUUUGACAUCAAUGAUUUGCGGUUAUGCUCGAAAUGGGCAACUGGACGAGGGAAUUUCUCUUUUCCAACUUAGUCAAUCAGAAGGAACAAUGGUUGUGGAUGAAGUCGCAUCAACUUCAGUACUUGGUCUUUGUGGAAGUAUAGGAUUCCAUGAUAUGGGGAAGCAAAUGCACUCCCUUGUUAUUAAAUCUGGUUUUCUAACUGAUUUAGGGGUUGGAAAUGCCAUAGUUAGCAUGUAUGCUAAGUGUUGGAACAUGGAGGGAGCAAUCAAGGCAUUUGAGACGAUGGCUGAGCACGAUGUAGUAUCCUGGAAUUGUCUAAUUGCUGGUCACCUUCUCCACAGACAGGGUGAUGAGGCAUUGGCCGUCUGGUCAAAGAUGGAGAAAACAGGCAUUACUCCAGACAAGAUCACCUUUACUUUAAUUAUUUCAGCUUAUAGACACACUAAAGCCAAUUUAGUUGAUAAUUGCCGUAGUUUGCUCUUCUCAAUGAAAACAAAUUAUGAUAUUGAGCCCACCUCAGAGCAUUUUGCAUCUUUUGUUGGAGUUUUGGGUUACUGGGAUCUACUGGAAGAAGCAGAGGAAAUGGUUAGUAAGCUGCCAUUUGAGCCUGAUGUGUCUGUGUGGCGUUCUUUGCUUAACAGUUGUAGAAUCCGUUUGAAUACAGCCAUGGGAAAACGGGUUGCAAAGCGGAUAUUGGCAAUGGAGCCAAACGAUCCAUCUACCUACAUACUUGUUUCAAAUCUGUAUUCUGCAUCUGGGAGAUGGCAUUGCUCUGAAAUGGUGAGGGAGGUUAUGAGAGAAAGAGGAUUUCGGAAACUCCCAGGUCAAAGUUGGAUUGUUCAUCAGAACAAGAUAUAUUCAUUCUAUGCGAGGGAUAAAUCCCAUCCCCAAGUAAAAGAUAUCUACAGUGGAUUAGAAAUUCUAAUCUUGGAAUGCCUAAAAGCUGGCUAUGUGCCAGACACAAGCUUUGUUCUUCAUGAAAUAGAGGAGCAUCAAAAGAAAGAUUUUUUGUUCAAUCACAGUGCAAAACUCGCAGCAACCUUUGGGCUUCUGAUGACCAAGCCAGGAAAACCUGUUCGAGUAGUGAAGAACAUUGUUCUAUGCGGGGACUGUCAUACAUUCCUGAAAUAUGUUUCCAUCGUCACUAGAAGAGAGAUUUUUGUUAGAGAUGCUUCUGGUUUUCAUUGUUUUUCAAGUGGUCAGUGUUCGUGCAAAGAUUACUGGUGAUAGCUCUGAAGACUGGUUAACACAGAUCUUGUAAAGGAUUGGAACUUACAUAUAUAUAUUUUUUUAGACUGAUUGAGUAGUUUCAAACCAUUGUAUCAUACUUGUAACUGUAACAAAUACGAAAUUAAUGAAAUUUUAAUUUCUGAUA